CCUUUUCGUUUUAAACGUCUAUUUGGACGCCAAGUCGUCCGUCCUUGUCACGCAUUGUGAGCCUGUGGGGAUCGAGAAAAGCCGGUGCCCGACCCCAGGAGCGCGUUUCUCUCAAGAUCAGUCUCCUGUGGCCGGGAGCGCCUUUCCUAUGUACGAGCCGUCGAUUAAUGCGAUGUCCCCCUAGCCUCUCUCCUGGCAUUUCGGGACCCCAGUUUCCCUUCCUACCUCCUCUCCCCUCCCCUCCUUUUCCUCCCCCGCCUCCCUCCCUCCCUCUGUCAUUCUGGAGCCCUGAAGACUGCCCUGAUCGCAGCACCGCCACUUAAUCCAAACAGCUGGGCCUCUCCAGUUUGCUUUCCUCGACGACGUCUAUUUACUUAAAGAGAUCUAAAACCAAUUAAGAAGGGGGAGAGGAGGAAGAGGGAGGGAAGAAGACGAGGAAACCGACCUGGAUUGAAACAAACAAGCAAGCAAGCAAACAAACAAGCGAGCGAGGGAGCCAAGGAGCCCCCCCCCCGCCCGCCCGACGAGAACCGCAACCUAGCGGCCGCCUCGUCCAUGCGUCCCGAUUGGACCCGGCGCGCCGGUGGCCACCUAGGAGAGCUGCUUCGGCUGCUGCAGCCCGGCGGUCUUCCCUGAUGGGCCCGUCGGGGCUGUGCUGUGCCCGGAGCUGAGCGCCGCUGCGGCCCCCGCCAUGCCACAAUGGUGACCGCCUGGCUCGUCCUGCUGAGCGCCUUGCAGGCGGCGCGGGGCUCCCCCGGGCCGGCGGCGGCCGACGGGGCCCCCGUGGGGCCCCCGUGCGCCCGGGGAGGGCCGUCGUGCGACCCGCGCUGGCGUAGAGACGCGGGCGGGCGCGGCGGCGUCUACGAGCAUCUCGGCGGAGCGCCGCGGCGCAGGAAGCUCUACUGCGCCACCAAGUACCACCUCCAGAUCCACGCCAACGGCAGGAUCAACGGCACCUUGGAGAAGAACAGCGUCUUCAGCAUCCUUGAGAUUACUGCAGUGGACGUUGGAAUUGUUGCCAUCAAAGGCUGUUUCUCCGGCAGAUACCUGGCCAUGAACAAAAGAGGCAGACUUUAUGCUUCCGAAACCUACAAUGCUGAGUGUGAGUUUGUGGAAAGGAUUCACGAGCUAGGCUAUAAUACGUAUGCAUCCCGCAUAUACCGGACUGUGCCCAAUGGAGCCAGCGGUAGGCGCAAAGCUAGCGCUGAGAGACUCUGGUAUGUCUCCAUCAAUGGGAAAGGACGACCAAGAAGAAGCUUCAAAACCCGUCGGACCCAGAAAUCUUCUCUCUUUUUGCCGCGGGUGUUGGAUAACAAAGACCAUGAUAUGGUCCGACUAUUCCAUACAAAUGCUAAGUACAGAGAGAGCCUGCUAAAGCCUCCGAGCAAGAACCAGAGGAGACGCAGAGGACACUAAGGGAUGCUCUGUGGGGAGGGCAAAGGAUGGAGAACCAAGAAGACAAGUCAGUGUUCAUAGUGCUACUAAAUAACUAACAAAUAUGACUGCGUGAUCAGUGUGGACUCAGAAAGUAAUGUUACGCUGUAUGUAUAUAUUUUACCAGUUGUCUCACCAAACAUACUUGCUAAUAGGUGUUUUAGACUUAUAAUCCAUUGUUAAGGGCAUAUGAUAUAAUAAAUCACAGCAUGUCCACGUGUAAAUUAGAUGGAUGCAACAAUUCUCAUUGUUUGUCUUUGACUAUUCUUUCUCAGUUGCUUUUUCAUUAAGUAUCGCCAUUUUGUUAAAUUAAGAAUAUUUAAACACAGUCAUCUCCAUUCCUCCGUAGGGUUGUCAUCUGUUCAGAGAAAACUUACUCUGAUGGAAAUCAAAUUAGUUUUAAUCAAUUACAUUUGUAUACAUUGGCUUAUGACAAAACAAUAGUUGAAGAAACCCACCCUCCCUUCCUUCCUUCCUUCCUUCCUUCCUUCCUUCCUUCCUUCCUUCCUUCCUCCCAUCACUUGAACCUAGUUCCCACUGAAAUUAUGGGAUGACAGACCUGUCCCAUUGAUUUCAGUGAGACUUCGGGUCAACUAAUGUUACAUCUUUACAUCUGAAUCCAGCCCAGUGUUUUUAGACAGUGUAUGUAUGUGUCAUGGGAAGAACCACCUUAGAGGAGGCAUAAACGUGCAGUUUUAUAUUUUUAAAAAAUUAGCUUUGAAAAAAGAAGUAUUGCCCAGUUAAUUUGGGAUACCUUUUGAGUUUAUUAAAAAAUAUCAUGCAGUGCAAUUCUGUAUGCGCAUACUCAGAAAUAAGUCCCAUUGAAUUCAUUGGAGUUUACUCUCAUAUAUGUGGGUAUAGGGGAAAGGUUGCAGCCCUGGCUUUCAGGUACUUAUCAUUGUGCAAACAUAAUAUUCCCCUGCUCCAAUUUAGAACAAAUAUUAAGAACUGCAAUUUAAGAAUGAUUUAUUUUGUAAAAUCUUCUUUAAAUUAAUUUGCCUUUCAUUUUAAUCAACAGUAGCUACCAGAUAUUAGUCAUUACUCUUUAUUAAUGUGAAAUGCUAAGCAGAGUGCAUUUCGGGAAAGAUGCAUGCUGCUAAGAUUAUUGUUCUUUUUUUUUUUUAGUUUUGUUUGUUCAAAACUUGAGGAUAUUUUAAAAUAACUUCCUGUGCAUUUAUAAAGCUUGCUGAAGUGUGAUAUACAUUAUUUAAAAUCAGGCUUCAGGAGAAUAUUUAAAACAGGCUGCUAAAUGCUAUAACAGCUUCUCUGCUUUGACGUGGAGCUAUGUUAAAUCACUUCAUUGAAAGAGCAAAGUUCAAAUAUCAUCUCACACAACAUUAAAAAGUACAUUGGAGCCUUUCUGAAAUGGUGUUUGUGCCGCUUGUUAACAUAUUCAGUGUGAGAUAAAAUGUGGGAUGAGAUCAAAUGCAAUACUGGCCAGUGGCCGCUACAGGAUUUUUCUUUUCUUUAUAAACCCAAACUAAUUUCA